AUGUUGCUGUUGAAGAAGCUUCAGGAGAAGCCUGAUUUACCCAGCCACAUGAACGAAAGGUUGAAAAGCUUCAUCUACGUCCUAGAUAAUCGUCCUUCUACGUGGAUCAUCGAUUUAGCCAAGAUCAUGAUGAGUAUGGAAGGAACACUCGAUAACAUGCGCAAAUCUUUCAGAAGAUUGCAGGGAAACCCGAACUGGUAUGAUGGUACCGUCGAUCUCACGACGCCUUCAGAGACUAUGCUGGCUUCUAAAUGGACCAAGUUACGGCAACAAUUGAACGAGGCGGUUGGCCUGUCAGAAGACAAGGUUCUACCACCUGGACACCUCAGCGCACAUUUAGCUCAGGCAUGUGAGAGUGUAAUUGGGGUCAGAUUCUCCGAUCUGAACCUCCCCGACUGGGUUGGUGGCCUCAAGCUAGGAAGACCUGGCCUUCACACUGCACAUUGGGUCAUGAGUGUUGUUCUUUUUACUUCUGUGUUUUCGAUCAGGGAAGCUGUGCGUGACGCAGAGUCUUGGAGAGUUGCAAACCACAUACUUGACUCAUUUGAGCAAUCAGGAGCUGACGGUGAGCUAGAAGAUGGGUUUGAGGCGGCCAACAUCGGUCGUCGCAUAGGCCUGAAGGUUCAAUACGAAGGCGAACAAUAUCGGAACACAGAGAUGAAGACCGAAGUGACCGAGCUGUCCACGACAUUGCAGAAAAGCUGGGAAGCGCUCUAUCCUGGUACUGAAAUUACACUAGCGAUGAUGGGAUGUGGGCAGGUGCUCCACGGCAUGAUUGACCUUAGGCAGAAGUUGGUUGUGAGCUCAAGGGACUACAAAAUCAUCCGGUUUCGACCUGGCACGAAAUACGAUCCAACCUGGAUGGAGGCUGAGAUGGCGGCUUGGCAACCGGUUGUCGAUCAGCCUACCGAAGACCGCGAGGUUUGUAUGUGUCUGUGGCCUGCGCUCGUACAUCACCCCAGCGACUCAAAGAAGAGAAAAAGCGCGACCGACAACACCUUUCUCCACUUCAUGGGCAAGGACUCCAGCUUUGAAGGAUCUGAUUUGGUCGUGAUUAAGAGGGCGGUCGUGCUCUUGGACAGUCCGGACGAGUAG